AGUGGUGCGACCGCGGGCGGCUGCGGCGGAGACGGGGCCCGGGGGGCCGGGGGAGUCAUGGCUCGUCGCGGCUGGUCGCUGAUGCCCCCUCGCCGUGGCGGCGGCGGCGGCGGCGGCGGCCCCCAGGCCCGGCCGCUCGUGCGGCCGCUCUGGCUGCUGCUGGCCGUGGGCGUCUGCGGCUGGGUGCGGGCGGCCGACGGCGCCGGCGACGCGGCGCGAGUCGUGGACGAGGAGAUCGUGUCGGAGAAACAAGCCGAGGAGAGUCACCGGCAGGACAGCGCCAACCUGCUCAUCUUCAUCCUGCUGCUCACCCUCACCAUCCUCACCAUCUGGCUCUUCAAGCACCGCCGGGCCCGCUUCCUUCACGAGACCGGCCUGGCUAUGAUUUAUGGUCUGUUGGUGGGCCUCGUGCUUCGGUAUGGCAUUCACGUUCCAAGUGAUGUAAAUAACGUGCCCCUGAACUGUGACAUCCAGUCAAGUCCAACUACCUUAUUGGUGAACGUUAGUGGAAAAUUUUAUGAGUAUACGCUGAAAGGAGAGAUUAGUUCACACGAGCUCAAUAAUGUUCAGGAUAAUGAAAUGCUCAGAAAGGUUACUUUUGAUCCUGAAGUAUUUUUCAACAUCUUACUUCCUCCUAUCAUAUUUUAUGCAGGAUACAGUCUGAAAAGGAGACAUUUCUUUCGAAACCUUGGGUCUAUCCUAGCAUACGCUUUUCUUGGAACAGCAAUUUCUUGUUUUGUAAUUGGGUCGAUAAUGUAUGGCUGUGUGACACUGAUGGAUGUAACCGGACAACUCGCUGGGGACUUUUACUUUACAGAUUGUCUGCUCUUCGGCGCCAUCGUCUCUGCCACUGACCCGGUGACUGUUCUUGCCAUAUUCCACGAGCUCCAAGUUGAUGUUGAACUCUACGCACUUCUUUUUGGUGAAAGUGUCCUCAAUGAUGCUGUCGCCAUAGUACUGUCAUCUUCCAUAGUGGCGUACCAGCCAGCUGGAGACAACAGCCACACCUUUGAUGUCACAGCCAUGUUCAAGUCUAUUGGCAUUUUCCUCGGGAUCUUCAGUGGAUCUUUCGCCAUGGGUGCUGCUACCGGAGUGGUGACGGCUUUAGUGACCAAGUUCACCAAAUUGCGGGAGUUCCAGCUGUUGGAGACCGGCCUGUUCUUCUUGAUGUCCUGGAGCACUUUCCUCUUGGCAGAGGCCUGGGGCUUCACGGGUGUGGUUGCAGUUUUGUUCUGUGGCAUCACUCAGGCCCAUUACACAUACAAUAAUUUGUCCACGGAGUCUCAGCAUAGAACUAAGCAGUUGUUCGAGCUCCUCAAUUUCUUGGCAGAGAAUUUCAUCUUCUCCUACAUGGGCCUGACACUGUUCACCUUCCAAAACCACGUCUUCAAUCCAACAUUUGUAGUAGGAGCUUUUGUUGCUAUUUUCUUGGGAAGAGCUGCCAAUAUUUAUCCCUUGUCCCUGUUACUCAAUUUGGGUAGGAAAAGUAAGAUUGGAUCAAAUUUUCAGCAUAUGAUGAUGUUUGCAGGACUUCGUGGGGCAAUGGCAUUUGCCUUGGCCAUUCGAGACACCGCCACUUACGCACGACAGAUGAUGUUCAGCACCACGCUCCUGAUUGUGUUUUUCACUGUUUGGGUCUUCGGUGGGGGCACUACCGCCAUGCUCUCCUGCUUGCACAUAAGGGUCGGUGUGGACUCUGACCAAGAGCACUUGGGUAUUCCUGAAAGUGAAAGAAGAAAUACCAAAACGGAGAGUGCGUGGCUUUUCCGGAUAUGGUACAACUUUGACCAUAACUAUCUGAAGCCUUUGCUGACACACAGCGGGCCGCCGCUCACCACAACGCUCCCUGCCUGCUGCGGCCCCAUCGCCAGGUGCCUCACUAGUCCCCAGGCUUACGAGAACCAGGAGCAACUGAAAGACGAUGACUCGGAUCUCAUUCUCAACGAUGGCGACAUCAGUCUGACGUACGGAGACUCCACUGUGAACACAGACCCAGCAACAUCCAGCGCCCCCAGGAGAUUUUUGGGCAACAGUUCGGAAGAUGCUUUGGAUCGGGAGCUCACUUUCGGGGACCAUGAACUGGUCAUUCGGGGAACACGCCUAGUUCUUCCUAUGGAUGAUUCUGAACCCCCGUUGAAUUUAUUAGAUAAUACAAGACACAGUCCAGCCUAAGCUUAUUAACGCACACUUAGUGAUUUGUAAACUUUGCACAUGUGAUUGUGAAGAAAUUUGUACUACCUAACAAGUCCCAGUGCAUGUCUCUGAAUGUUAAAGCUAUAUACAUGCUCUUUAUGUGGCAUUGGAAGAAUAUUAAUAUCCUGUACGAGGCAGAUUGUGAGCAGCUCUCCUUUCAUGUUUGACUGGCUGCACUCUGUAGACUGGAUCUGUUUUAGAAAGUUCUUUUCACAGUGAUGUUGUGUGUUCUGUUAACUUUUAUGUCUCAGUUAAAAUAUAAAAAAAAUCACAACAAACUUAA